CAGGACGACAGCACUGCCGCCCAGGGAAGGCCCUGGGCGCUGGGGCUCGAGCAGGCCCCCCGCGGCCGUAUCGGCACCACGAUCACGAAGUCUGCUUUCGCCCCUUGUGCGGUCGCCUCGACUGGUCCACCCCAGUCACAGUUAGCCACGCGGAGUGAUGGCGUUCCUGUGUGCCGCACUUCGGAGUGCGGCCCCAACGUCGUCGCGUAGCGCCUGCCGCCGCGCCAGACCUCGCGCAACCCAUGCGCGCAAGCUCCAGGAGGCCAACGGCCGAUUGGCUGGCCUUCAUGCGGCAGGCCCCCCGCCUGGACUCGUGACGCAGCUGCACAUCGCAUCGGACAUGCUGUACCACGAAUUCGAGGACAAUUUCUGGACCCCCACUGCAAUGCUGGUCUCCGACAUGGAGGUCAACGAGCUGGUCACCUACGGCGAGGGCCUCACGAACGAGCUGCUGCGGAUCCUUUCGCCGCAGCGCGUGGCAGACACGGAGCAGUAUGCCGCCGCCGUGCCUGGAGUCAUCGAUGUCUCGGACGCCGAGCAUAUCGAGAAGGCCGUGGCCGAGAAGCCGCACGACGGCUUCGACAUCCAGGCUGUGGACCCAGAGCAUCCCCAGGGCACGGAACCCUUCGAUUUGGAGGGAGACGACGGCGACGACAUCAAGAAGUCUGCGGACGAGCAGGUGGUGCAGUUCGCCGCGGAGCGGACUGUGGAGCCGCCCAACCAGGAGGCGAUUGAGGCGUCGAAAGCUGUGCAGAUCGAGCAGGCUGUGCCGGAGAAGCUGCACGACGGCUUCCUCAGCCAGGCGGAGGUCCAGGAGCAGUUCCUGGGCACGGAGCCUUUCGACGAGGCGGCCGCCCACGACGACGCCAUCGAGGUCAAUCCCGGGGUGAUCCAGGAGCAGUUCGGCACCACUAGCUGGAAGUACCGCGCUGGAGAAAACUGGCUGUCCUUCGGCAAUCAGAGCGCGGAGAUAGAGAACGCAUCUGUUCAGCUCGUUGAAGGAGAAGGCGACCGACAUUACAACGUGAAGAUGGAUAGUUGCACGCCUGUCCGACUAGACUUUGUUUCUUUCUGUAUGAAGCCACGUUAUCAAAGCAAGUUCAAUCGCUUCAGUUACAAACUAUGAGGCCGCGAUUAGCGUUGCCCGCAUUCACUGAAGUCUGAGAUAGUUAUUGCCCGCGUGCAGCUUCUAUAUGAUCAGAUAAUGUGUUUGUUCUUUGUUCAGUACUCGCUGCAUUCUGUGUCUGUGCAUUUCUGUUGUAUCCUGUUUCGCAGGUGACAUGCAUGUCUUCGGAAACCUUCCUUGGAAAGGAACGGAUUUCUGUGCCGCCGGCAGGUCGAAGAGCCAGGCAUACCCCUGGCGCUUCCCUGCGCAGGAGAGCGGCGGAGGCUACGCCCUUCGCCCAAUCCGAUUCGAUAUCGACCGUGCCACGUUUCUCACUGUUCUAUGCGUGUAUGGGAUAGAUCUUGACAGACAGCGAGAUCAGGUAGUUGAGCCAUUCUCUGGUGCUUCCCUGGUCAGUAAUGGAAUGUCUCAAAGACCCCCUGAGGGUCGUCGGAUUUCUCCCGCGCCGCUGGCGCAGCUGUUCGGACGGAGAGGCAGCCCAUGCCAGGCAGAGGCCACCCCGCCCUAGAGGACAGGUGGCCUGAACUCAUGAUCCAACUGCGUGCUGGUCCUCCUCUUCCUCUCUCCCCGGCCGUUCGUCACCCCCCCGCCCCACUCUUCCCGCCUCCCGACCGGUGCGGCGCGCGAGCGGGUGCCGGCCGUGAGAAGCCGGCGAUCGUGCCGAAGCCAGUCGGUGGAUCUUUCAUUUUCCCUUCGGGGAGCAACAACCAA